UGAUCAAGUUAAAUUUUCUAAGGACGCAUGUUGAUAAGAUCGCGUAUUUGUCGACUGUAUAAGAAAUUUGUUACGAUAUCAACAUCCGUCGUGAGAAUUUUUGUGAGGUUCACCAUCGCGCGCCAUUGUACGAUCGUAAUUUUUCGUUUAUGACGUCAUUUGUGAAUUACACAAGCGUCAUCGCUCAAUCUGUUGUGGAAAAUUUCAUCGAAUUCAUGGCAGCACCGACUAACUCUGUUUUUCCUAAUAAAAAUUAAAACGGCGGAUUUUUCAACCAUAUUGUACCGUUCAGUGAACGUUCCCUACAGUGGUUUCGUUCCCCCGAGAAUCCCGUUUGAACGAAGUUUAAUUAUCGCUUUUGGCUGUAACUUGGCAACUUGCUGAAAUGUCGAUGCAACAGUUUUGUUUACGAUGGAACAACCAUCAGCCAAACUUUAUUUCUGUAUUUUCAAGUCUGUUGAACAAUGAAACAUUGGUAGACGUAACAUUGGCUGCUGAAGGAAGACACCUACAGGCACACAAAGUUGUAUUGUCUGCCUGCAGCACAUAUUUCCAAUCAUUGUUUACUGUGAAUCCAUGUCAGCAUCCGAUUGUCAUAUUGAAGGAUGUAAAAUUUUCUGAUUUAAAAAUCAUGGUUGACUUUAUGUACUAUGGUGAGGUGAACAUAUCACAGGAUCAAUUACCAUCAAUUAUAAAGACUGCAGAGAGUUUGAAAAUAAAAGGACUGGCAGAAAUGCAUACCGCUUCUUUAACCAAAUGGCCGAGUGGUAGCAGCGAGCCUGGAGGAGGAGAUCGCGGCGAAUCUUGUUCACCUAGUCCCUCUCCGUUAUCACCUUCUUUUAGAAGGAAGAGGUUAAGGAAAUCAUCCACAGGCUCAACAUCUGGGUCUGGUGACAAACCAGAAGAGAUGAAUGAAAUCACUUUAGUCGCUACUAAUAUCGUAAAACCAGAACCAUUAAUAGUGUCUCAAGAAAGCGGAGAGAGUCUAAGAAGACCGAUAAAUACUAGUACCGAAUCUCAAGGAAGCAUAGAUGAAGAUCAGAUAUCAAUUAUGAGUAACAUGGAGAACAGUUCCGCAACAACGCCAGCACAAAGCGAUGGAUCUUUACAAGACGUGAGUCAACAAUCAGGAGGAAAUGUGGCGCAAAGUUCGCUUUCUUCGCAACCACCUGCGCAUCAAGGAUUGCAAUGGACUAUUAUGGAGCAUACAUAUCCACGUUUCGCUCUGUCCUCGUGUCAAACGAAUCUGUCGAUCCAAGCGUCAUCAGCUUUUACCACGCCCGAAAUAACAGCCUCCUCGGCGAUCAGCGAUCAGUACUCUGGUACCAGCACGACUGGUUCCAGUUGCGCCCUGACGAAUUACCCGAACUCCUCCCACGGGACGUUGCAGCACGCGUCGUCGGGCGGCCCUUCACCGUCGGCACAGUGUCCCAGUAACUGCCAGAGUCCUUGUGCCAGCCCGCAGACCGCAAUUAAGAGGAAAAGGUCAACGAAUCCGCAGGCGGAUGAGAACUUUAUCAGGGCGUUAGACGCAGUACGUUACGGUGGUAUAGGGUUCUGUAAAGCUGCACGUAUGUUCGGUGUGAACAAUCGAACACUUUGGCUCGAGUAUAAAAAGCGUGGUUACCCGAACAAUCGGCCGAGCUUGAAGUCAAGGGUCAAGCAAGAAGUGAAUUCCUCACCGCCCCCAGCCCAAUCGGCGCAACCGGUUAAUUCGCAGAGCCCUACGCCUAUGGGACCUCCCACUACACCGCAUAGUACACACAAUACCCACAGCACGCAUACCAUGCUGACCACUCAUAGUCCUCAUACAAUGUUAAGUGGUUACAUCGAUAGCAGGCAUACAGAUUAUGCGUUGCCAACUAUGCAUCUUUCAAUUGCAGUAGCCUGCAGGCAAACAGGGGUGAAGAGGUGUCGUCUGUUGACCCGUCAGCCCCGUGUGAAGAAGGAGCCGAAUCACCUGUCACCAGAUAGCGAGACGUCCCCGCACAUUGUGCCAUCGUCGGGGCACACUACGCCCACCCUGACUCUACCGCAGAGUUCGAGAACAAUGGAGGAGACACGAAUCUGUCCGUCGCCACCGCAAUCGAUGCCGGUGAACCAAGCCAGCAGCCUGUUGACGGUCUCCACCUCGACGAACCUGUUGACCGUGCCUCAACCAUCCUACCUGAUGAAACAACACUCUCAUCCGAUCCUAUCUAGUCAACAACAGUCUACCAGCGGUAAUUACUGGAUUCACAGGCAGCAUUCGAAUCCAGAGCUACCCGGGAGGACCAUCAGCCCCUCCAUAGUAGUGGAACCUGCGCCUGUCGUCAAAAAGGAAGAGGACAGCUCGGAGGAGCCUAACAUCAUCACUGACACCGGAGGUUCGACCUCUGGACUCAGAGUGAAGACCUCGGAACUUAGAAGAAGCUCCUCCUCUCCUCAGACUCCAAUUAGGGAAUCAAGGGAAAGCACAGGGGAUCAACGUCUAGGACACUGUCCAGUGUUACGUCUAGGUCCAGCACUGAGCUGUAACCACUGUUGGAAGACCACGGACUCCCAUGGCAGGACACUACGAAGGAAAACGAAGUACCAUUGUCCAGAGUGCCAGUCCAACCUCUGCCUGGUACCCUGUUUUCAAGAAUACCACGAACAACGUCGAGAGCUGAAGCUGAAACCUCUACCGAAAACCAGUUCCGUCUAAUGCGUCCCUGUUUUGUAAAUCUUGUUUGGUCAAUCCUGAACACACACAUGCUUCGAAUGUGUGAGAGAAAAGAGUGUUGAUCAUUGAUCGACUCUGUUGAGACUCUAUGGUGUCUUUUUAAGGUGCUCGUAGGCCUUGAUUGUGAAAGAUACUUAUAAUGAAAUUGAUUUUGGAAAUUUUAUGAGACCAGUCGAUGGAUAAGUCUCUGAGGAUCGGUAUCUUCGAUAAGAGCUGAUUGUCGUUUGCCUUACCAGAUGAUAUUUUCAGAAACGAAGAUGAAUUGACUAGAUAACGAAAGUUCCUAAGGAUAUUAGCAAAUUGACACCAAAAAUAAUUGUAAAUUAUUCAUUCGUCUAUGAUUCGAGGUACCCGCUUGUGAAUCAGUUCCGAGUUGCAAUUAUUUUUUAAUGGUGUACCGAAAUCUUUUAAUUAUUUAUUUCUAUUGUAAACUCGAACUGACAUUUCCGAGGAACCUCUUUCCAUAAUUGUUGAAUAAAUGAAAUCGUUGUAAUGUUCUUCGAUGGGGAUGUAAACGAUACAUGGAAUAAUAAACAAAUGAAGAAGCAUAUUGCUAGCCUUACAGUUUCAGAGAAGAAUUUUCCAAGGAGCAAAUAUUGUAUGUUUGAGGGAAACCUGGAGGUCCUUUGAGGAUAUUGAGCGCAGCAAAUAUUAAGACCGAAGGACGAGGGGUUGGUUUUCUUAGAACUGAAACGAAGCCACAGUGAAAUAUUCGUCGGAGGAGCGUCAUAUUUUUCCUCCAACGAAUUAACCACGUAUUUCACUUUAUUUCUGGCUACGGUUUUCCAUUUGCAACUGUCGAAUCGUCCUUAUAUUAAAUGUAAAGGAGGGUGCAAUAUAUAGAAUUGAAUUUUAUUUAAGGACAGAUGUUUCGAGGAGAGGAAAUACGAGUGUACAGAACGUUUUAUGUAAAUCUAAUUAUCCAAAAGAAAGUAAAGAUAACAGAUUAUUUAUAACGAUCUUUAAAGUACUGCUAACAAAAGUCUUUUAACAGGAAACGAAGUCAUUGAAACAGCUGAUCCUCUGAAGUUACUUUGAGCAGUGUAAUCUUUGUCUUAUGAAAUCUCACUGGAAUUGUUUAACGAUCAUAAAACGUUCUGUAAUCUUGUACAAUAUGUACUUGUUGUUUAUAGUCUGUCGAAAAUGAAUUAAUCGCUUAAGGAAGAAAACUUUUGCGUAUAAUGACGUUAAGCCGUUCAUUAAUUUUCAACAGAUUAUAUUAUUGUAUCUAUAAAACGAUUAAUGUAUUUCUAUACGCGUGUAAAUAACCGUAUCGCUUGGAUGUAAAUAUUUUUAUCGACUUCCGGUUUCGACGGAAGCCUCGAAUGAAUAUUGAUAAAGAAGAACCGCAUUUUUGAUAUUACACAAUGUGACGACAGUCUCCAUCGGAGAUACGUGUAUUUUAUGCAUUUACUCGGCCAGAGGAGUUUGGAAUGAUUGCCCUCUUUUUUUUUUAAAGCAACGAAUAAAAGAGGCAAGAGAAUAUAGUUUUCUAUAGACGAAGAAACGUUGUCUUUAAUUUUUGGACUUUGUCGAAGAUAAGAAGUAUUUUGCACCCGUUUGCAAGAUUUUAUUACAGAGAUGAUAGAUAUAUGUAUAUGUAUAUUUGUUAAAAAAAUGAAAAUGAAAAAAAUUCAGAAGUUGAGAUUUUUGAAAAACGAUGAAUCGUCUUUCAUCGACCCGAGAGGAAUACCUUUUCGUUCCGAAUCAAGGGACUUCGUAAUGUCCUAUACCCUGAGGAAGAGCUUAGCACCCAGAAGAUGUAUUUUUUCUCCCAUCGAGUCCGUGUCUGCGAACGAUACGUUCCCCAGUCACAUAAUCGCGCACCUCGAUGAUAAACACCAGAGGAUGUAGCAUACAUGCAAUAUAUAUUUUUUGUCAGCGAACAUACUGUAACGACAGUUGUAUGGAGUAAUUACAUUUUAUGUAAACCUAGAAUAAGAUUCAUAAGUGAACGAAAUAAAAGAACGUGAUCCAAUA